AUGGUGAAACAGAACGUGAAAGUGCCACGUAUCGAGCAAGUCGAUGCGAGUCUGAACAAACCGCUGGACAAAGAUGCUCCUCCGACGAUCUUCCAGACGAGACUCACCCCAGAGUACGCCACUGCAGCGAUGACUUUGGCCGUCGAUUUCGUCAAGCAGAAACAGGCGCUCGCGACGAAGUACCUUGUGUUCCACCCGCUCGUUAUUGGCGGCAUCGUUCUACUGUUGGCCGUUUUCAUGACGCCACGGGUCACGCUGCCGCAACAUUUCUCGUCUGUGACUUUGUACUGCACACAUCUGGUUCUUUUGAACAAGAAACACACCAUCGGCGCCGUCAUCUUCCUCGCGAUUACGUCCUCGUUCAUGCUCACACUCGUAUCUCGUGUCUCCGAGGCGUUCUUCAAAGCGCAAGUCUCCAGGAUCGAGGACUCUAAUGGGGCACUCGUUUUCAACAAGGACCUAGCGGGGAUCCUUGCCUCGGGGGACGACAACACCAACAUCGUCGUGUACCGGAACACGCCGAUCGCUCUCGUGUCCAUCAAGAAGACCGAGGUGCUCUCGGACACGGAGUCCCUCUGCAUGGUGAUCAACUCGAUUGGGUGCAGGAGGGUGUACCUCAAGUCCGGGAUCCUUGAGGACCUCAUCGAUUGGGCGAAUGGUGCGUCGAAACAGGUGCACGAUGAACAGAAGGCAAGGGCACCCUCGCUACGGCUCAUCCUCGAGGUGUACUCCUUCGAUGGGUUCUUGAAGGAGACACUCGCGAAGAAGGGGUUCCAUUGCAUCUCUAGCAGGACCAUCGCUGAGAACAAGAUCCUGGGUGGCGUGUUUGGCGCCAAGAAGGAACUCUGGGGGGUUCAAUUCCAUAUUGAGAAUAAGUUGAAGGAACAGAAAUGA